UGCGCUCUCGCCGUUGGAGCACCCCUCUAAACUCCUUGGUCUCCAGGACAGACGCUCAGGCUCGUCUCUCGCCUUAGCCAAACUCACUUUCCCGCCUCUCAAACUCCAACUUCCCUUAACUCCUAACUUUUUCCCUCCACUUUCCCCUCCUCUAUCUCCCACGCCACAAAACCUGGUCCCCUGUUGCUUUUUCCUGUCCUCUCUCUUUUCCUCUCUCUUUUCAACUUCUUGUCAGAUUCCACCUCAGACUACCCGAGCGUGCUUAACUCAGUCGCCCGCUUUCGAUCAGCUCGAAGCCAUGGCGGGACCUGGGGGUUGGAGGGACAAGGAAGUCACGGAUCUGGGCCACUUGCCGGAUCCAACCGGAAUAUUCUCACUGGAUAAAACCAUUGGCCUUGGUACUUAUGGCAGGAUCUAUUUGGGACUCCAUGAAAAAACUGGUGCAUUUACAGCUGUUAAAGUGAUGAAUGCUCGUAAGACUGCUUUACCUGAAAUAGGAAGGAGAGUGAGAGUGAAUAAAUAUCAAAAGUCUGUCGGAUGGAGAUACAGUGAUGAGGAAGAGGAUCUCAGGACUGAACUCAACCUUUUGAAGAAGUACUCUUUCCACAAAAAUAUUGUAUCUUUCUAUGGUGCUUUUUUCAAGCUGAGCCCCCCUGGCCAGAGGCACCAACUUUGGAUGGUGAUGGAGUUAUGCGCAGCAGGCUCAGUCACUGAUGUAGUGAGAAUGACCAGAAAUCAGAGUUUGAAAGAAGAUUGGAUUGCAUAUAUCUGCCGAGAAAUCCUUCAGGGCCUAGCUCAUCUUCAUGCACACCGUGUAAUUCACCGAGACAUCAAAGGUCAGAAUGUGCUACUGACUCAUAAUGCUGAAGUAAAACUUGUGGAUUUUGGAGUGAGUGCCCAGGUGAGCAGAACUAAUGGGAGGAGAAAUAGUUUCAUUGGAACACCAUACUGGAUGGCACCUGAAGUGAUUGACUGUGACGAAGAUCCCAGACGCUCCUAUGAUUACAGAAGUGAUGUGUGGUCUGUAGGAAUCACUGCUAUUGAAAUGGCCGAGGGGGCUCCUCCCCUGUGUAAUCUUCAGCCUUUGGAAGCCCUCUUUGUUAUUUUGCGAGAAUCUGCCCCCAAAGUCAAAUCCAGUGGAUGGUCUCGCAAGUUCCACAACUUCAUGGAAAAGUGCAUGAUAAAAAAUUUCCUAUUUCGUCCUACUUCUGCAAACAUGCUUCAUCAUCCUUUUGUUCGGAAUAUAAAAAAUGAAGGACACGUUGUUGAGUCAUUGAAGAAGCAUCUUAUUGGAAUCAUUAAAAAGAGACAGAAAAAAGGAAUACCUCUGAUCUUUGAAAGAGAAGAAGCUAUUAAGGAGCAGUACACCAUGAGAAGAUUCAGAGGACCUUCUUGUACUCAUGAGCUUCUGAGACUGCCAACCAGCAGUAGAUGUAGACCACUUAGAGUUCUGCAUGGAGAACCGUCUCAGCCAAGGUGGUUACCUGAUCGAGAAGAGCCACAGGUCCAGGCACUUCAGCAUCUACAGGGAGCAGCCAGGGUGUUCAUGCCACUACAGGCUCAAGACAAUGCACCUAGGCCUCUACAAGGGCAAGCCCAGGCACCUCAGCGACUACAAGGGGCAGCUCGGGUCUUUAUGCCACUACAGGCUCAGGUUAAGGCUAAGACAUCUAGGCCCCUACAGAUGCAGAUUAAGGCACCUCCACGACUACGGAGGGCAGCCUGGAUGCUUAUGCCACUACAGGCUCAGGUUAAGGCAUCUAGGUCUCUACAGGUACAGGUACAGGUACCUAAAGAACAGCAGGCUCAGGCUCAGUCCCAGACAUCAGAAGAGCCACAGGAUCUGGACCAGGUACCAGAGGAAUUUCAGGGGCAAGAUCAGAUACCUGAACAACAACAAAGACAGGGUCAGGCCCCUGAACAACAGCAGAGGCAGAACCAGGUACCUGAACAGCAGCUGGAGCAGAACCAGCUACCUGAACAGCCAGAGGUACAGGAACAGGCUCCUGAGCCCACACAGGCAGAGACUGAGUCAGAAGAACCUGAGUCCUUACAAGUACAUGCCCAGGUAUUCCUGCCCCUACUCUCACAGAACCACCAUGUGCUGUUGCCACUACAUUUGGAUACUCAGGUACUCAUUCCAGUAGAGGGACAAAAUGAAGGGUCACCUCAAGCACAGGCCUGGGCACUAGAGUCCCCACAGGCAGUUGGCUCAGUUCAAGAACUGAUAGAGGGACUAUCAAGAGGCUUACUUCGAGCACCAAACUCACAUAACUCAAAGCCACUUGGUCCCCUGCAAACCUUGAUGGAAAACCUGUCUUCAAACACGUUUUACUCUCAACCAGAACAAGCACGGAAGAAAAAAUCAAAAGUUUCUAGUCUAAGGCAGGCAUUGGCAAAAAGACUAUCACCAAAGAGGUUCCGGGCAAAGUUAUCACGGAGACCUGAAGAGUUUGAGCUCUCAGAUUUAGAAGCCUGCAGGCGAAGGCACCAGAACAGAUGGGAGGAUAUCUUUAAUCAGCACGAGGAAGAAUUGAGACAAGCUGCAAAUGACAAAGAAGAUGAAUCAUCAGACAAUGAUGAAGUAUUUCAUUCAAUUCAAGCUGAAGUCCAAAUAGAACCAUUGCAACCAUAUGUUCCAAAUCCUAAAGGAAAUGAGGUCCAAGAAAGAUCUACUUCAAAGACUUACAAUCAGGAUUGUGAACACCGUGUCAAGAUCUCUUCAAAUGUUCCUCAGCAGUCUGUUUUGGAACAAUCUCAGAAGCCCAUUGACAUCAGACAAAGAAGUUCGCAAAAUCUUCAAAACUGCCCAGCAGCAUCAGACUCUUCUGAGGAAGAGAGUCCUGUGACCUGGAGGAGGUCCCAGUCAUCACCACCUUAUUCCACUAUUGAUCAGAAGUUGCUGGUUGAUGUCCACGUUCCAGAUGGAUUUAAAGUAGGAAAAAUAUCACCCCCUGUUUACUUGACAAAUGAAUGGGUAGGCUAUAAUGCACUCUCUGAAAUCUUCCGGAAUGAUUGGUUAACUCCUGCACCUGUCAUUCAGCCACCUGAAGAGGAUGGUGAUUAUGUUGAACUCUAUGAUACUGGUGCUGAUACUGAUGGUGAUGAUGCUGAUUCUAAUGAUGUAUACGAGGAUACCUAUGAUCAUGACAAUGGCAAUGCUGACUUGGAUAGCAAGGUUGAUCUGGCUAAUGAUGUUGGUGAAGACUAUGAAGAUAAUGACAAUGAUGGAACUAUAGAUGACAAAGCCAAUAAUCAUGAUGAUGCCCCUUGUUGGCCAAGAACAAGCUAUGACAGAGAUGGAAGCUGCAAGCAAGAUGGUAGAGAUGGAAGUGAUGGUGGAGAAGAGACCUGCUGCAGCUAUGGAAGUCAGAGAGUCAGUACAGGCCAUGGAGAAAAUGUAGCCAGUGGGGGCAGUGUAGCCAUUAGAGACCAUGAAGCACUUGGAGCCAAUAUAGGCAAUGGAAGAAGAGUUAAGGAAGUUAAUGGAGGUAAGGGAAUCAGUGGUACCAAGGAAGAAAGUGGAGCCCUUGAACUCAGUGGAGGAGAAAAUUUGUCAGAGACAGAUAGUCAAGGAUUGGAGAGACCAACAUCCCACGACUUUGAACAUCAACAGGAGGAGCCUGGUGGUAGAAGCGAGGCCUCAAAUGCCAUUGCCUCAGGUGCUGCACUAGCAGCACCUGAUGAUGAGAAUAACAGCAUGGACAUAUCAGAAGCAUCAACACAAUCAGGUUUUUCUGUCAGCCACUCUUCUUCCAAUGGUUCUGGGAAAGCUGCAAAUGCUGACUUUGCCAGCGCCAUCUUGUAUGCUGGAUUGGUGGAAGCACCUGAGAAACCACCUAAACGACCCUCUGAAGUCAAUGUUAACCCACUAUAUGUGUCUCCUGCAUGUAAAAAACCACUAAUCCACAUGUAUGAGAAGGAAUUCACUUCUGAGAUUUAUUGCGGUUCUUUGUGGGGAGUGAAUUUGCUGUUGGGAACCCGAUCUAAUCUGUAUCUGAUGGACAGAAGUGGAAAGGCAGACAUCAUUAAACUGAUAAAGCGAAGACCAUUCCGUCAGAUUCAAGUUGUAGAGCCACUCAAUUUGCUGAUUACCAUCUCCGGCCAUAAGAACAGACUUAGGGUGUAUCAUUUGACCUGGCUGAGGAACAAGAUUUUGAAUGAUGAUCCAGAAAGUAAAAGAAGACAAGAGGAAAUGCUAAAGACAGAGGAAGCCUGUAAAGCUAUUGAUAAGUUGACAGGAUGUGAACACUUCAGUGUCCUUCAGCAUGAAGAAACAACAUAUAUUGCAAUUGCUUUGAAAUCAUCAAUUCACCUUUAUGCUUGGGCACCAAAGUCCUUCGAUGAAAGCACUGCUAUUAAAGUAAUAUGCAUUGAUCAAUCAGCAGACUCUGAAGGAGACUACAUGUCCUAUGAAGCCUAUAUACGAAUACUGGCAAAAAUACAGGCAGCUGAUCCAGCGAACCGGUUUAAGAGACCAGAUGAGCUCCUUCAUUUGCUGAAGCUCAAGGUGUUUCCAACAGCUGGUCAUAAGCCAGUGACAGUUGACCUGGCUAUUGGUACUGAAAAAAGACUAAAGAUUUUCUUCAGCUCAGCAGAUGGAUAUCACAUCAUUGAUGCAGAAUCUGAGGUUAUGUCUGAUGUGACUCUGCCAAAUAACCCCCUGGAAAUCAUUAUACCACAGAAUAUCAUCAUUUUACCUGAUUCCUUGGGAAUUGGCAUGAUGCUCACUUUCAAUGCUGAAGCCCUUUCUAUGGAAGCAAAUGAACAACUCUUCAAGAAGAUCCUUGAAGUAUGGAAAGACAUACCAUCUUCAGUAGCUGUUGAGUGUACACAGCGAACCACAGGAUGGGGCCAAAGGGCCAUUGAAGUCCGCUCUUUGCAGUCAAGAGUUCUGGAAAGUGAACUGAAGCGCAGGUCAAUUAAGAAACUGAGAUUUCUGUGUACCCGAGGUGAUAAGCUAUUCUUUACCUCUACCCUGCGUAAUCGCCACAGCCGGGUUUACUUCAUGACCCUUGGAAAACUUGAAGAGCUCCAAAGCAAUUAUGGUGUUUAAAAGGUUCCAAUGAUAUAUUACAUUUACAAACAUCAUAAAUAUACAAUUUACAUCUUAAAAUUUCUGAGAUUAAAUAAACAUUCAGUUUUAUUGUUAGGGAAAAAUUAAAUCAGAUACUUUACUUUUAAUGUAGCACAAAAUAGUUUUAAUGAGAAAUGCAUCUUUAUAUAUAAAAUUAACUAUAGCAAGCUCUAUGUACUCCAAUGGUGUACGAUAUCUUUUGCACAAACUUUGUAACUUUUGUUACUGUGAAUUCAAAUAUUACUCUUUGGACAGUUUGGACAGUAUCUACAUUCAGAUUUUUCUACAUGGAGUAAAGAAACUUGUAAUGACUUAGGUUCCAAAUAGCUUUCAAAAUAACUGGCCCUGAGUGAGGUUUUUCAGAAAAAAAUAAAAAUGACCACAAACAAUAUGCACAUUUGUAAAGUCAUAUAAAGAACCAAAGUUUAGAUUAUUAAAUGAAAAUAAUAAGGACUAUGCUAUAAACCAGACUAAGGCUAAACAACUUGCAUGCCUGGAGAAAACUGCAGUGAUAAACGGGAAAAGGCCACCCAUUCUUACUGUUCUUUGUCAGUUAAACUCCCAGUCCAUAACCAGUUGUGCUUUUUCAUUACCAUGUUAAGCUGGUUUCCUCCUGAUAAGGAGGAAGGAACUCUUAGAUGCUUGAUUUUCCUCACAAGCCCUGAAGAUGUGCAAUCGCUGUUAAAAAAAACAAAAAAACAAAACCAACACCAAAUAAUAACCCUCGCAACCCUGAAUACAGGACUGAAUUCCUAUACACAUGUACUGUACAAAGAGUUUUUUAAAAUACGUUAAAGUAGGUGUCAAAUUCUAACCCCCAAAGACAGAUUGGUUGAUUUAUCAAAAUUUUUAUUUGGCCAACAGUGGGACCAUCAGACAAUGUAGGAUAUUUUCCCCAACCUAGAUUAAACCAUAUAAAAGUUUCCCCCAGUUAUAAAGAAAAAGAACAAAAUGUAACCACAAAAACCUUGGCUGCUAAUACUUAUGUUUUUCCUAUUUCUAUUUCUGUAAAAUCAGAAAUUAAUCUAAAAGUGAUAAAUCUACAUACUGAAACUUAAUGUUUAGGUAAAGAAAGAAAAGAAAUGAAAAGAAAAAAAAGAAGAAAGAUUUUGAAAAAAAGUAUAACUUUCGUCAAAUUUAGAGUAGUGAAAACCAUGCUAAUCCAUCACCCAAUAUGUUAUAGAUGCCAUAGAUAGGUGGUGACUGCUACCUGGUGAAAAGCAUAAUUUCUGCAAUAUCCAUCCUCAAUAGCAUGGUUAGUUCUGGGGCAAUAGAGAAGCAACAGAACUACCGCAAAGUAUACCUCAGUAUAAUUCCUCUAGUUCUGCUUCAUAAGUAUGAAGGCAGGCUAGUGGGAUAAUAAUUUUCAAACUACCUGAUUAACCAAAAUACAAAAGCAGCUGACUGUGUGUGAUUUCAAGAUAGCACAUUAUUUCUUGACACCUUGGUGCCAAGAAUGACGAUUUGGAUUUUCCUAACAACUUAUGUCAAGAGUGUAGUCUCUCAAAUGAGAAUUUAGGAGAACCUAAAUCCAUGAAAGAAAGAAAUAAAUGUGAUUCACAUUUCUGUUACUGUGACACAAUAAUGUGAUCCUAAAACUGGCUUAUCCUUGAGUGUUUACAACUCGAAUGAUUUUUUAAAUGCAGUAGUUUAAAGAGAAAACAAACAUUUAUGUCAAAUUAUUUCCUUAGAAGUAGUAUUCAUUACUAUAAAUUUGUACACCAAUAAGCCAUGGGGAACUUUGUGCAAGUACCUCAUUGCUGAGCAAAUGGAGCUUGCUAUGUUUGAAUUUCAGAAAAUUUUCUCAUUUAAGUAGUGUGUAGAAUCAAGUUUUUUAAGAAUACAUUUUUUUCUUCAUAAUAUUUACUUAAAGUUAAGAUUAAAAGAUAAGUUUUAUCUUAAAGUCAUAUUUUUAAGGCAGUAAGUCAGUAAACUAUUUUAGGAAGCCAACUCCCAUUGUGCUUUGUGGCUGUUAUUCUAGUAAACAGAGACCAGUGUGAACUGAAUCUACAGAGAUGUCCCAAAGUAAACAAACAAGAAAAAUUGCAGAUGUGUAACUGAACUUUAAAGUAUGGGGUGUUAAUGAAGAAAGGAGGCUGGGCACAUAUCAUGAAGGGAGAUUGAAAUCUGGAGUAGCUCAAUAGAAAGGAUUGAAAAUAUUUAAAGUGGUUCAUGAGUAAUGAAUAUUCCCAAUUUUGCUGUUACUUUAUCUGGAUUUUUUAUAUUCUUUGCCAGCUGAAACAAGAAAGUGAAGAGAUAAUUAAAUUUUAUAGUCAGUGCACAAUAAUAGAAGAAAUUACGUCUAUACCUCACUUUGUAGAUGAGUACAUGGAAGCCCCAGCUCUUUACAGAAGCAAUGAAGGGGGACUCCUGCCCAACCAAUUCCCCAGCUGUAUGAUUGAAACAUGAAAGUUCUAGCAAGUUGUGAGUAGCACUGAGACAGAACACAGUUUUAUUUUAGUGUACUUUAGUUUUUACACUAAUGCCCUUGUUCAGAAUAAAAGGCACUGUUCAAAAUAUUUGAAAACUAGAAAAUGAUAUAUGAGAAGAGUUGACAAGAAAAGCUCUGAGUAAUUAGGUCUGUUGAAGUAAGCUAAGAGCCCCAGAGGAAAUAGUAAGAAAGGAUAAUCAUUUAGAUAGUAAAAUAGGAAAAGCAGAAAUUAUACAUGGGCACAUACACACAUGUACACAUACAUUCAUACACACAAACCAUUAGAAUGCAUAAUCUUUAAUAUGUUUAGUGCUACCAGUAUCUAGAGAAAAUGACCACGAGGUAUUUUCUGUGAAAACUACUUUAAUUGAAACAGUAUUCAUAAAACUAGGAAUAAUGCCACAUGCAUUCAAUGGGAUCUUUUAAAUAUCUUCAAUUCUUUUUAAAAAAUGUACCUAUUUAAAUCAAUUUGUAUUCAGGCUGUGCUUUAACUUUAAAAAUUAUUGAAAUAAUCUUUGAGACUGUUAAUUGUUUCAUUAGAAAAUCUGCAAUGAACCGUUGUUCAACCUCAAAAAUAAACAUUUUUUUAAAAUUA